UGCCGCUGCUGCGGCUCUUGCUGCACCUAUGAGUGUCCACGUAAAUAAAUAGCCGCGGCUGAUUAUGCCGAGUUAAAGAGCAUCUGACUUGCCCUGUCCAAUGAUGGCACUCGAUGUUCUACCCGUGGAGGACUUCCCGCGUAAAGUGAUACCCAGAGGUGACCCCUGCAUGUGCAACGCCAAGUGCCGGAAUCGCAGCAGCAGCAGCAGCGUCGUCUUCCUGGGAUUAUUCAUGCUGUCACUUUCCCUCCACGCUGUCACCCUGGUCUGCUACUUGGACCUGCGCUCCGAGGUCAAGAGGGAACUAAUCCACCAGAAGCGGGACUCCAUGUUGACACUUGUGGGGAGUGACUUGGCCAAUCCGGCGUCUGCGGCACUCCCGCCCGGCCCCCCGCGGCUCGACCCCGGCAGCAGCCGCGGCGCAGAUGAUCCCGAGGAGAGCUCACAGCGUAGAAAUAGAGACAUCCUUGCCACAGAAGAUAACAGGGGCAUAACUCAGAGGGCGAAAAGAAGUCCCGGCAAGCAGCCAGAAAUAGAAUCGACAGGAAAAGAGAAAAGGAAAGAAAGGAAAAAAGGGAAGAAACGAAUAAUACCAGGCCCCCCUGGUCCUCCAGGACCCCCGGGCCCACAAGGCCCACCGGGCAUCCCUGGAAUCCCUGGUAUCCCAGGAAGCAAUGCCGUGGGUCCCGCAGGACCGCCCGGCCCCCCCGGGCCACAGGGGCCUCCAGGCAUUCAAGGCCCAACAGGGGUUCCUGAUAGGACCAAAACAAAAGAAUUCCAGCCUGCAGUAGUCCAUUUGCAAGGGCAGGAAACAACCAUCCAAGUGAGAGAAGAUCUUUCUGAAGGCAUCCUCAGGAACUGGAAGAUGGUGUCCAUCCAUCACCGUGUGUUUAAAAUGCACUCUCGUUCAGGGGAGCUAGAGGUGCUUUUGGAUGGUGUCUACUUCAUAUAUAGUCAGGUAGAAGUGUACUACCUCAACUUCACAGACAUCGCCAGCUACGAGGUGAUGGUGGAUUCCAACCCCUUCCUCCGCUGCACCUGCAGCAUCGAGACAGGCCAGCGCAAGUUCAACACCUGCUACACAGCUGGGGUGAGCCUGCUGCGUGCUGGCCAGAGGAUCUCCAUUCGUAUAGUCUAUGAGGACACGCUCAUCAGUAUGACCAACCACACCACUUUCCUGGGAAGCGUCAGACUCGGAGAGGCUCCAUCUGCUGGACAGAAUUGAUCACUACACAUGUCUGCCCUCUCAUCACCAGUGCGUCAUGCUGACAUGGAUUUGCUGAGCUAAUAAGAUCUGUGCCGAGAAGCUUCCAGCAUUACCCUGUGAGAUCCUGCUAGGACUACAAGUACAAUGAAACACGAUGCAGUGAUAAAGUUGGAGACAAUAUCUCCCUACAAGGACAACAUGGACUGUAAUCCUUGUGCUUCCACUGAUUAAGAAGUGCUAUUAACCUUGAUGAGCUGAAUGUCUGUUUGCCCAUCAAGUAAAUGUCAUUAUUAGUGUCACCAGCAUCUCUCCAUCGUUAUAACAAGAAAGGAUACUGUACACACAGGUACUUCAUGUAACAUUUAAAUGCUGCCAAAAGAUCAUUUUUUGUAUCGCCCAGAAAAAAAAGCGACUCCAAAUUGUGGUAUUUGCGUUUUUUAGACUUAAUUUAACUUUAUAAGUAGCUACAGUUGUGUGGUUUUCAUAAGAGCCUCUAGAGUUACAAAAACUAUUGAGGAAAUCCAUUCAAAUGGAGUUCUAAGGUAUUUACAGAGCAACAGCGCUAUACGUAUAUUUUGCACACAUUUUGCACUACAGCAUCCCUGCAGAAUAUCAGUGAUAUGUUUUGUGACAGUGCUAUUGUCAAGUUACCGUAUGAAUGCAUACAUGAAAAAUGAUUGUUGUUUAUACGUCUGUGUACAUAUUGUAUAUAAAAUGGGAUAUACUUUUGUAAAUGAAGUUGAC